AUGCUAAAGAUCGCCUCUAUCGUCCAAGGAAUAUGCCUCAGCCUGUUGAUCGACUUGGCGGAGGGCAUCGACCAAGCCGUCAACCCCACGCUCGUGGGCCGUCUGAAGCUGAGCCCGACCGAGCUUGACAAGAUCAAACUUCUCCCUCAAGACAGUGAUUGGACGUUCGACUACUUCGCAAGCGACUUCCAUAAUUACUCUCCUGGCGGCGUAGUCAAUGCCAAUGCAGCAACUUUUCCAGCGACAAUCGGCAACGGCAUGACAAUGUCUUGGCUGACCCUCGGGCCCUGUGCGAUGCUACCGCCGCACUACCAUCCCCGGGCGUCCAAUUAUGUCGUCGCGGUCGAGGGCACCACCGAGACUUUCAUGACGCUGGAGAACGGGGCGCGUCUCGUGCGGACAGUCCUGACGCCAGGCAAAAUGACCAUAUUUCCCACGGGCAGCCUGCAUACAAUGCAGAACACUGGCAGGUUCCGCUGUGAAAACGCAACGCUCGUCUCCGCUCUAAGCUCUGAGGAUGCUGGCACGCACAACGUUGCGAACGGGCUGUUUGGUAUGCCAUCAGAACUUCUGGCCGCGGCGUUUGGCGAUAGUCCACUGGCCAUGCAAUUUGCGGCUCUCGCCCAGAAUAUUCCGGCAGUGGGCACCGGAGCUUCGGAGGGGUCUUCUGAGUGCAUGCGAAGGUGCGAGGGUGGCCCGUCCUUCUGA